AUGAGCCAUAUCUGGAGGCUCAGCCAACCGAUGGAGAUAAAAGAAUUGGGGACAAAUUAUUACCAAUUCAUCUUUCAAAGCAAUGAGGACAAGGAUAAAGUGGCAAGAGGAAUCAACUGGACUUACGAUAACCAAUACCUCAUCUUGUCUGAAUGGAAGAGGGGCCUGAUGAUCAAUCACUCCACCUUCAAAGAACUCAACCUCUGGGUAAACAAUGUUGUUAUUGUUGGAGCAGGCAGCCACGGUGGGAAAAUUAUGAGACGGUUGGUUACAGUGGAUCUUCAAGAGCCAUUACCUCGGUACACACAUCUCAGGCUAGAGGAUCAAACGGUUAAUGUGGGUUUCAAGUACGAAAAAUUAAAGAACCACUGUCACUAUUACGGAUUCAUUGGCCACUUGGAUAGGGCUUGCUCAGUCAGAUUAGACGAUAUUAAAUCUCGGUCUCUUCACGAGGGACAAUACGGAGCAUGGAUGAGAGCCCCUGAAUACAAUCGAUGGGCAGGUCAUCAUUCCUCAGGUUCCCAGAGCCCUUCUCACAAUGAUAGUCCAGCUUCUCCGGUGCACUCAGAAUCUCAAACCCCUAUCACCAAAUCUCAUGGACAUGACAGUAACAAAAUCCUUUCCAUAGAAGGCUCUCCUUCUCAGCUCAAUAAACAAGACUCUGAAGCAUCCCCCUCGCAAUUAGUCAAGGCUAUUGCUCAUAUUAUCCCUCACCAGCAAGCAGAAAAUCCUCUUCCUGCAAAGGAUUAA